AUGAAGAAAAUUUUUAUCUUUAAUGUAGUCCUUUCCGUUUUGAAUAAGUAUGUAAAAAGGGAACCCCGUGAUUUUUCCUUUUUUAUAUAUUCGUUAAAAACAAGGGGUUUUCAGAAUGAGGAUUUUAACAACGGCGAUGAACACACGGGAGACACGAGUGGCGGCGGUGGUCAGGGAGGAGAAAACGUGAACGCACCUUUUACAAACGCUGCGGGGGAUAACACGAGCAGCACUGCCGCCAGCAGUAGCAGUGGUGCUCUUGGGAGCAGCAUCCUUAUCGGCAGCAGCGCCAACAGAAUAAGCAGCAUAAGCCAGCUGAACGCAACCAUCACCAACUUCUUUUCAAAUGCGCUGGCGGAGGCAAUUGGAAAAAAACAGGACAAAGAUAGCCCCCAAGAUGACCAGAAAAAGGAAGACGAAGCGGUGGAAAAUAAAAGAAUACCGAUAGUACACACCUCCAUUGAUGAUAUUAAAAGGUUUUCCUACGUGAAGGGGAAGUUGAAGUUGAUCUACGUCAAAUCGUUCUACGACGAUGAUGGUGAUGGUAAUGGUAAUGGUAAUGAUAAUGACAAUCAUGAUGGUGAGCGCAACCUCAAAGAGCUGUACGAGGCGAAGUUCCAAUUUUACAAAGACAAAGUAAUUUACGUCACGACCUUUGCCCUGGUAAAAAAUUCCCUAAGCGAGAAUGUCAACCAAACGGAAAAGUGGUUCAAUGCCUCCAUGAAACUUUUGCAAAGAAAUUAUUAUAAUAUAACCCUGAGGUGUAAUCCCAUAAUGGAAACAUCCUAUGGAAGCUUUUCAUUUACCGCAGAGGAACUCAAGCGGUUUGAAGCAUUAAGAAAGGCCCUGAAAAAAAGGGUAAACAUAACGCAUGACAAUCUUUUUUACAACUUGGAUAUUUUUAAGAGUGCCAAGAGGAAAUACCUCCAGCAGAUGAAUUACAGUUUUGUGGAUCCCGAUUUUAUGAGCAGUGUAGAUGCAAAGGGUGGCCAUUCAGAUGCUGCGGAUGCUUUCAACCUAGAGGAGGAUCUGCUGAACAGUUUAAAUCCCUUCGACAAAAUGAAAUAUGUCUCCCACAGGAGAGUCAAAAAUAGUCAUAAGAUAGUGUUUAAAAAGGUGGAAGACCGAUUCAUCGUGUACAAUUUGAUACGAGACAACAUAAUCGAAUCGAAGGAAACCCCCGAAGUGAUCAUUUUUGAAACCAGCAACAAUGGCAUAUUCACCUACGAUGCUAAACACUCCAAAGAUAUCAACCUGUUAAGUAGCAACUUUGAGACAGAAAUUAUGAUGGACACUAACGCAUUCGCAAACGAACAUGAUAAGUACUUCUUCUUAAACAAACAUGAUUCUGUUCAUUUGGAGCUCCAAAAUAAGGGCAUAAUAAAAUAUGAUUUUAUUUACACCUGGUUAUCUACCUACUUCAUCGAUGAUCAUAAUUACAAAUUCUUUUACCCCUCUUUUUAUCUGUCCAAACAGUAUGACAAUUUUGAUAAUGGCUUAUACGGGGUCAAUUUUUACUCCCCCCAAUAUUAUAGUUUCUUCGAGAAGGCGCAAAGUAGUUAUGCGCACGUGGGGGAUGGGAAGAGGGAGGCGGAAAACGACGUGCCCUACGAUGAAUUAACCCAGGGGGACCCCUCAAAGAGCAUUCGUAACGAUAAUAACUUCUCCUUUUUUGAGCUAAAGACCACUCUUCGUAGUGAAAACGUUGGACGGGGGGGCUAUGGAAACGUGCCAGGAUAUUAUAGCAACAACGGAAUGGAAGACGGAAGCAACCAAGGCAAUUUCCCAUACGGCGCUGACACGAAUCCGAACAAUAUGGGUGGUAGAGGUCCUAGAAGAGAAGGGGGGGAGGAGAGAAAUGCAUAUAACCCUUCACAUGCCCCUCCUUACCCUCCUGGUAAUAGACAAGGUCCUAACGAUAUGGACUUUAACAUGAAUGCCCAGGCAGGAAAAAGAGGAAAUGACGUGCCAUAUAAAAAUGCUAACGUAAAAGAUGCAAAGGCCAGAAAAGGUCCUAAUGAGGCAGCAAGCAGUGACGCCGGUAGCUCCUAUCUUGGCAGUGUCUUUGGAUACAUGAAGAAAGUAAAAAAUAUCAUUUACGGUGAUGAGGAAAAUGAGUCCUCCAGCGACAGUUCUCAUAAAACUUUUGAUAAGCGCCAAAAAUCGAAGAUGUUGCAACAGGGUAAGUACACCCAUAGGAAUUCCAUAUUUUAUAGUUUCACACCGGAUGAUAUGAAUGCGCCCGGGAAAAAACCAUCCAACGAGGACAUUCAGAGAAUGAUGGCCAUGUACACAUCGAAGGAAAGCCUCCCGCCGGGGGAAGACCCAGCCACUAGAGCGUUUCUCUCAAUGGAGGAACCGAAUAAGUACUCUAAGGGGCCAUCCACCGAUCAGCCAAUACCCCCCGCUCCAACCAUGUACCCCGAAAAUUUUCAGCCAGGGCCCAUGACCUUUGACAGAAAAUAUGGCGAAGACUUUGAGGACUACUUCGAAAGAAAGUCGAAUGAAUAUUUCGACCAGAAGCCGGGUGAACCAAAUGAGAAAAUGUACGACAAAAAUGGGGAGGACUAUUUUGAAAAAAAAUCGGAUGAAUAUUUUGAAAAAAAAUCGGAAGAAAAUUUAGACAAAAAGAUAGAAGAAUUCUUUGGAAAAAAAAUGGAGGUUCAAAUGGAGGAAAGGGCACCCCAGCAAAAUGUGGAGGACCCUUUUGAUAAAAAAACGGAAGAUAAGAGCAAACUAUUUGAAGAUCACAAAUAUGGCUCGCUCAUCCCUUUUCUGUAUAAAAUAUUUCAUGACAAGACCCUCCUAUCGGAUGAGUUCCUCAACAGUGACCAUUACGAUAGGGAAGAUUCUGAUCAGUCCUCCUUGGAGCGGAACUCAAGUGACGAUUCUAAUGAGGAUUCUUCUCGUGCACACCAUCGAUUUUCGUCUUCAGCGGAAGGCAGCAAACCGUUGGAAGGCAGUUCCUCUGGGGAUUCCACCGACAGUGAUAACAUACAGGUAGCAGAAAACGUCGAUGAAAAUUUAAAAGACAAGAUUUAUGAAGGGAGUGGAGAUUUUCCAAAAUACGGAGACGUACUAGAAAGACACCCAAGUAGAAUCAUUGUGGGGUUGCUUCAAGAGGAGGAACAAAGUAGGUUCAUUCUGGACUGGCUAUCUGGGGAUAACAUUCUGUGCGUGCUUAGAUCCACACACUACAAAGAGUUAUAUUACAAUAUGGUGCGAAAAAAUUAUUUCAAAGUUUUGAAUAAGUUUAAAUUUGGAAGUGAUAAGCAAUUGGCCAUUCUGUCUAGUGACGCAAAGGGGGUAACCAUGAGUGCGGAUUUUUACCCUCAUUUUUCGGCCAUAAAGUUCUUCUUUAAUGACAAAGGUAGUGAAAACUUUGAGGAUGAACUUAAGUCCUAUCUGAUGAUCAUCCACUAUUUGCUAAAUUCGUACAGUAGCCCUUGUAGGAAUUACAAAAAUGUUAAAUAUUUUUACAGCGGCGAUACGUUCAGUGUGGCUCACUUGAACUUUAUAAGUGACAAACUACUUGCGCUACUCUCCGAGUGCGCCUUGGAAACGAUGAAUUGGGACAUCCCCACAGGGGUGAUAAGAAAAAAUGAAAAUGACAUAAAUAGGACCAUUUUCAGUAGAGUCUUAAAAGAUGUGAGCAGAAGCGUACAUCACUAUGCGUUCAAAUGUAGAAUGGUAAACGGAAAGGAUGCAGUUCAAUUUGCCAUGAGUAAUUACACCAUGGUGGAAGACGAUUACAACGUUAAGUAUGAUUUUUUUCUUAACGUAACGUCUAGAGUGUUCUAUUUGCACGCCAUAGGCCUAGUCCAUGGGAACAUCAAGGCAGAUAACUUUCUAAUUCAGGAAAACGAAGAGGAUGAUAAACAUGUGAAGGUCCUUCUAAGGACAUUUAACGACACUGUGGAAGAGGGAGGCUAUGGAAAUUUCAAAGGAAGCGCAAUUUACGCAGCUCCGGAAAAAUUAAAAUCGUACUUUAAUACCAUCACGUAUAAUUUAAAAAGUGACGCUUUUUCCUUGGGAUUGAGUUUGGCUACUAUAUUUACAAAAAAAAAUUUUGUCUUGCAAAAUGUAGAAAGGAAGUUAACCUAUCCAGUAGAUAAAUACAUCCUCAGUCUCAUCAAAAGAAACCCCAUGGUGUUGCUGUGGAUCAAAUCGUUUAACCCGUUUUUAAGGAAACGACUAAGUAUAUUUAAAUUUAGAUCCUACUUGAAAGUUAGCGUGCAAGAGUUGGAGAGAAGGCUGUCCGAAAAAAGUGUCUACAAAUGGUUUGACGACAAAUUCCAGUUUAUUAAUUACGAGGAGGAAGACAGUUUGCAUUCUCUUUUUACCAAAGCGGAAGGGAGAAAUGUACCCGGUGUGAGCAACAACUCGUCCAAAAUGAAAACCGAAGAACAGCGCAACGGUUUGGACUCCUGUUUUUUUCGUUACACGCAUGCAUCGAAUAAGGAAAAAGAAGUCGAAACGCACUCGCCGAAGGAGUCCCACUCGUUUGACAUGUUCAAGGGGGAACCUUCAUCUGGGGACGAGAAGGAAGAAGGCGUUUCUUUUUACCAAUUGCCGGUGGGGGUGAAGCGUAUAGGUUCGUCCGCACGUGGGAGAGAACACAGCGGGGGUAGUAGCGAUGGUAGUAGCGAUAGUACUAGCGAUAGCAGCAGCGAUGGCAGCAGCGAUGGUAGCAGCGAGGGCAGGACCGCCCAACGGAGGAAACCCUACUUUUCAAGCAUCUCCAAACACGACUUUGGGGAAAGCUCCAGCAAAACGAGUAAGAAGUUCCGGAAAGGGAAAAAAAGUGAUAAGGAAAAUGUUUACAAAAUACCGUUCGGAAAAAAUUUCGAACACGAAGUGGAUUAUUCCUCUUUAGAUGCACACAAUAGGAAGAAUUACAUUAACGCAUGUUACUAUUUUAAAAAUGGAGUGGUGGGGACUGCCAUGAAGACGCUGUCCAUUGAACAUGAGGCUUAUAGGCCGAACCUAUUUGACAUGUACCUACUUAACAAGGAGAAGCUACCCUAUUUGGUAGACAAAGACGAUCAUGUGAAAAAUUUAAUGUCCAUUUUAAAAGGUUUUUCCACACCAGACUGUAGAGCAGUAUUAAACGAUAGAAUAUAUAACAAAUGGUACAGCGUUAGAAAGAUGGUUCUCCUAAAAGCUUUGCUUUUUUAUGGCUACUUUAGCCUGCACGAGAGAUUAUCAUACGAAUUUAAAUUAUACGAAUUGCAGAAUUUCCCCCUCAGCGAAGAUAAUGGGGAUACUUUCGAAACAGUCGUGAGGAGAUGCAUGGAGAGGACACACUUCAAUGAAUUCAGCAACUUGCUCUUGGCUCAGUACGUCUAUGAUAAUUACCACAAGGGUGAUCAAUACACGAGCAUAUUCGUAAAUCUCUACGCUGUGAACGAAACGGUUUACGAUAUAGACACCAACAGGGUAACCAAUCUGAUGAGACUGUACAUAAAACAAAGCCUUAGCAAAAUUGACUUCAAAAAUGCGGACAAUUUUUUACUCUAUAUGAGGAGAAAAGAACUGCAUAGGAAUAUUGGCGGAGCCGAAUUGACGCCAGUAAAAAUAGACAAGUCAAAUUAUCUCGACCUGUAUGAACAGAAAGUGCCUCUCAUAAAUUCGUUCAUCAUAAAAAUAGACAAAUUUGUAAUCAAAGAUAUGAAUGUAAAUUUGGCCGUUCUUCUGAAUAACGCCUUUUGGGGGGUGAAAAAUAAAUGCAAGUGCGUCAACUAUACUCAUCUGCAUGUUAGAAGGGGAAGAAGUGAUUUACCACAGGGACAUGUAAGUGGAAAGCAAAUGAUAGAUUUACACAAACCUGUGGGUACUGUGUUGAGGGGAAUUAUUCCAAACCAUUUUGAGAUGCAGAACAACCCAAAUGAUCUGCUCUCCUGGAGCACAUUCAAACCGAGCAACAUCCACUUAGAUGUUGUCCUUCGAAAUAGUUUACACUUAAUAGAUAGAAGUACUCUAAUAGCUUGCUCGAAAAGGCUAAGUAAAAUCGCACCGGUGUACUCCCCUAACAUUACAAGUGCUCACAAAGGCGAAAUGAUGAAAAUUAAAGUGGGAUUGGGGGCAUCAACCUAUUUUUACUUAUCCUUUAAUAUAUCUCUUCUUAGAUCGAAGGAAAUAUCCUUGAAGGACGUAAUUUAUUUUAUAUACAAAAAUUACCAUUCGCAACUUGACAAAAAUGUCACGUACAGCAACGUAGGGGGGAAGAACAGACGGGCGAAUUUCAACUGCCUCGCCAUGAGUGAACAGAACACCUUUUUUUAUAAUAACGUCACAGGGAAUUUGAUUAAAGAAACUUCCCUCAAUAGAGUCAUCUCCGCGUUGUACCAUGUUGACCUGAUGGAGCCCUCUUACGUUGUUAAGGCCGCCCUCAAUUACUACAACAAUAGGGGCAAAAAUUCCGUCUUGUUGAGGCUGGUAACUGUUUGUAAUGCAGUAAGUGAGAGGAGGAAGGGCGGUCAUGCGAGGGAGUCAGAGUUUGUUCUGGAGCCCUCGGCGGGUGUGUAUUCCGACGGGGCGGGGCGAUCUAGGAGCGGAGAACAGGUAGGGGUGGAAAGUAGAGAAGUGGGAAGUAGAGAAGUGGAAAGUGCAGAAAUGGAAAGCAUAGACGUGGAAAGUACAGACGAGGAACGAAUAGAUGAGGAAAGCACAUAUCUUGAACCGCCAACCGAUGAACCCGCAGGUCUCGAACAGCCAGCCGAUGAACCCGCAGGUAUUGAACAGCCAUCCGUUGAACACACAGAUCUCGAACCGCCAGUCGAUGAGCCCACAGAUGUGGAACCCCCAAACAGUGAACCCACACAAGACGAAGUCACAACUGUUGAACCGCUAACAGAUGAACCGCUAACUGCUGCACCGCUAACUGCUGAACCGCUAACUGCUGAACCGCUAACUGCUGAACCGCUAACUGCUGAACCGCUAGCUGAGGAACCCCCAGUUGUGCUCUCCCCAAAGGAGUCGUCCUUUCUGCAGAGGCAAAAAAAUGUGAUAAAGGCAACCCAUAAGGAUGGAGCCUAUCACUACGGAACUGUGGAGUGCCUGAGCUUCUUACACAAAAAGGUCGUCCAUUUUUUCCAUGACGGUAGUAUUACAAAUGCAUUCGAUCAGAUAGCCAUUCCCUCGGCGUACACAUAUAUAUAUAAAAAGAAAAAGUUGAAAAAUGGCAAAUUCCAGUAUAGCACAAAAACGGUAAAUUUUAACAUCAUUUCCAAUGUGAUGAAUUUGCAACGAUAUGAAAAGGAGAUGUACACUUUGGCAGAUUUUAUGAAUUUAAUUAUCCAAUGGUUGGUGGAGCAAGGACCGUUCGACAUCAAAAACAAAUGCAACUUCUUAUCUUGUAGUAGCCACGGUUCCCAAUUCGGGAUGGCCUUAAGCAUAACCACAGAGAGGGGAGUCAAACAUGCUAUAUACAAAAAUGAUGAAGGCCUGAUGAAAUUUCUCUUUUAUAAUAUAUUGAAAGAUCACCAGUCAAGGCGGUACGCCCCCGAGCUUAUAGCGUCCGCAAUUAAGUUGUACAAUUUGAAGGUGACCUUUUUUUUAAGGGAUGAAAUUGGCGGUAUAUUCCCAGACCUCCAAACUUCGGUUGCCCCUCCGGAAGAGGCCGCGGCCCUCCCCCCGUUCACCGACUGCUUAAAACAGCUAAAGGGGAAAAAUGUCACCCUGUUUGGGGACGAGGCAAGCCAAGGAAUGUACGUCUCCUUCAUAUUAAAAUUCGUAAAUAAAAACAUCAUGUACAGAAUAUCGAAGGACACGUUUAACAAAAUAAUAUACUACUUUAAUGACCAGGAAGUGAGCAAGAAUGACGGGCGGAAUUUGCACAACCAUGUUUUGUCAUCUCUCCCCGAAAUUGAGGACAAGUUUCGGCAUGUGUUUUUAAGCGAGCUAAGCUACUAUGUCAACAUUCCCACGGAGUUAAAAAAAAAAAAAAAAUCAUUUUCGGUUACCAUGAAUCCAAAAUUUUACGAAAUUUUAAGUCAGAAAUGUAACCUGCAUGAACGGAACUGCUCCUACGCUGUCGAGGAAAUGAUUAGCAACGUCAACGGAACGUUUGUAGAACCCGUUUUUGUUGUUAAAAAUGUGAUGAACUUUUUCCUGAGGAGAAAAAUCCGUGCCGUUUUAAGCCGAAUAAAGCACACCAUAGUUAGUUAG